AUGUUCGCAGCAGCCACUAAGAACUUUGUGAAGCAGGUUGGAGACACAGGGAAGUUGAUCCCCGUCCCGGGCCUGAGCGAGGCCGACCGCUAUCAGCCACUCAGUCUCGUGACCAGGAAGAGGAAGAAGCAUUUCUGGAAGAAGAACAAGUACGCCUCGACCCCCUUCUCACUGAAAGACAUCCUGGUAGGGGAGAAAGAGAUCACAGCAGGAGUGUCUUCUUAUCAGCUGCUCAACUAUGAGGACAAGUCAGAUGUAGCCCUCAACGGUCGAUUAGGAAACCACCUCAUCAACGAUGUGGGGUUCAACAUCAGCGGAUCAGACUCUGUGGCUGUCAAAGCCUCCUUCGGCAUUGUGACCAAACACGAGCUGGAAGUGCCUACUUUACUGCGUGAACUCAACUCUAGGAAAGUUGACUUGGAUCACUGCCUGGUUCGACAGUCCAAGGAGAGCGGACGGACCGUUCUCUGUGUCGUGGUAGAGAGCAUCCGCACCACACGUCAAUGUUCUCUGACUGUCCACGCUGGAAUGAGAGGGACUACCAUGAGGUUUCAGAUUGACGACGGCAGAAAUCCCAAAGGUCGAGACAAGGCCAUCAUCAUCCCUGCUCACACCACCAUUGCCUUCAGCAUCUGCGAGCUGUUUGUUCGACUGGACGGGCGCCUAGAUAUCUGUGUAGCCCCAGAGUCGCAAGGGGGAUUUGAGCGGGAGCAGAUCAGGGAACAGCUUGGUGGUUUCAUCGGUCACUUCUCCAUGGGUCGAUUGCGCCGGUUCCUGUCUGGCAUUGUCUAUGGAAACCCCUUCAGAGCAGAUAACAGAACGUUUGAGGAGCUCACCCACUCUGACACCUACAUGGACGACAUGGUUACCGACUACUAUGAGAAAGCCGCCAGCAUGACGGACGUGUCCACUGCUUACCUGAGAGACAGCACCCACACACGGGUCAACCUCCUCAAACACAACAUCCCCAAGGGGCCCUGUGCCCUCUGCGGCAUGGGUAACCAGAAGCGGGAAACUGUUUACGGCUGUCUGGAGUGCUCAUCUGCAGGCCUGAAAUAUGUUCGGCUGCACGUGGUGCCCUGUUUCGACCUCUGGCACAAAACGAUGAGGUGAAAAAGAGAAGUGCUUACACUGUGAGAAACUUUGUUUAUCAGUUGUUUUUCUGUUGGUGCAAGAUACUACAUGUGUAACUGUUUACAAAGCUGUUUUUGAGAUAUUUAUUCCUGUAGUCCAAGUCCUGAAAACAGGACAUGGGCAUGACUAUGUACAACGCCUUGUGCCGUUACCUCAGCAACAGCUAACUGUUAUUCUAAAAGAUACAAAUAAACUUUGUGUUAUCUCUUA